UGAGGUUUAAUGUCACUUCACGUUAUAUUUGUCGCUCCUAUAACUUUCCUCUUCUAACGUUCGGAGCAUGCUUCAACCCGAUUGGCUGUUUUACAGACGCUUGCAAAAUGAGCUCUGAGGUGUGCCCAUUCUGUGGGAAAGCUUACAAAAGGUUGAAGAGCCACCUGCCACAUUGCAAGGCAGCAGCGAGCUCCAAAGCACCUCCUACCAAACAUGACGUCACAGCGGCUCAGACAACGGCGUCUUCUCGGCUGGCCGACGCCCUGACCAAGCCUACAGCAAAGGGGGGAAAGUCCACACAGAUGCCGCCAGUGACUGCAAGUCCACAAUCAAAGCACAGUAAAAAGGUGUCAGUGGUAUCAUCAGCGCCACCGCAUUCAUCAUCACCAGCAAAGCCUUUACAAAGUGCAAAUGCAUCAUCUUCAUCGGAGUCAUUGUCCCUGAGUUCUGGAUCACUUCCACCAUCAACAAAGAAAAAGAAACAGAAGCUGUCCGAACAAAUCAAAGCAGCCACCAUGCCCUCUUCUACCACCUCUUCCCUCAUAUCCACCCAGUCACAACCACCAUCCCUAUCCAACACCAUCCCUAAGCCCAAAAAGAAGAGCCUACGUGACUUGAUAGAGACUGCAAAGCCCAAACAGGUUACUAAGGGAUCACUGGAGGGAACUAGAUCUUCCUCAGAGGACCUGCCCUCAGGUUCAACUCCAUUUGUGGCAGAUCCUCUAAGCUCCAGAACCACAGCACAAACAGAGACCAAAACUAAUCCCAACAAAGACUUGGUUAAAGACAACUCCCAUCCUACCUUUCUGUUCACAGAAACCAAACCAAAAGGUGCCUCUAAAAUGAAAGUGUCAAAGACAAAGAAGGCUGCACAGUCCAUUUCCACAACCAAAGAUGCCUUGAGCUCUCCGGACUCGACAGUAAAUGAAACCAGUGCAAGAUCCCGUGUCAGAGACUUGGUGGACAACGAAGGGGGAACUAAUGAUUUGUUUGUGGAUAAGAUGUUCUUGAAAUCAGAAAGUGGUCACCAGGCCAGGAUUACCCUCCAGGAUGUGAGAGCCACGUUAGGCCGAGCUAACACCACCCGUCAGUCCAGCAGGCCAAGCAUCCUGAGCCAGAUUGGACCGACUGAUGACCUAAGCAGUAAAAUCAGACCUGGUACUGGCCUCAGUCUGGUUCCACUCCCAUCAGGGAAUCAAGAAGAUGUUGAUAGCUGGUUGGUAACAACUAAAACCCUGUCAGACCAGCUGCCCAGCACCAGUUCACAACAUACAGAGCUACAGGCAGUUAAGAGAAAAAGUUCAAAGUCCAAACAAGCACCUUUAAUCCCAAUGAGACAUGAUGGUUCCCCACAGCCUGAACUCACCUCGCCUGCAACUCCGUUCCUUCCUGGCCAUCCGUUGUCCCAGGUGAGCCAAGUCAUGUCACGCCCACAUACACUGAAGGUGGGCCAUCACAUGACAGGACUCCCCACAACAUCACCAUCACUCAACCAGUUUUCCAGCCCCCAUCUUUUCCUUCUUGCACCGCAAACUCUGCCGGCGAGGGUCGAGACACUGAGAGCUGAUGAUGGGUUGACAAUGGAGAAGUCGCACCUCGAAGUCAGGAGAGAAAAUACUGCUGACAAUGGAACUAAAGGUGCUCUGACACAGCGGAGUCUUGGACAGGUGAGACUGAGGGAGCUGCCCGAGUGGCUUUCCUGCAAAGCUCCCGGACAUCCAAGAGAUGUAGUGGGAAUGAUGCAAAGAGGCUGGCAGUGGUAUAACAAGAAAUACAUUGAUGUGAAGAAAGGUGGUGUGGGGGGGCUGGCCAUGCUGUUGGCAGGAUACUGUGUGCUCAGCUACAUCUGGACUUACCCUCAUAUAAAACGUGAUCGCUGGAGGAAGUACCACUAAGGCCGAGGGAGGAUGUUUGGACAGCUUCUUUAGAUGUAGAAUUAAUCCAGAUCCAAACAUUUCCAGAGGAUUUAUGUCAGAGGAACUGGUUUCUUGUCAGUAUGGUGGCUCUCCCUGGAGCCCAUCCAGUUUCCUUCUACAGGAUUGGUUUGGUUGGUUUUUAGAAAAACGUUUUUGGAAAACACAAUUAUUUGCUUUAGAGUUUGAUGAGAAGCUCAAUGCAACUCUCAUAACCGUUAAAUAUGAAGCAAUAGCCAGCAGCUGGGUAUCUUAGCUUAGCACAAAGAGUAGAAACAGCUAGUCUGGCUCAGUGAAACGGUAAGAAAACCCACCGACUGGCGCCUUUGAAAUAAUUUACUCACUCGUUUGGUUAAACCUUAUAAAAAAUGAAGUGAAAAAACAUCAGUUUGCCUCUUUACAGAGAUAAAGCGAACAGUAACUUAUUGGAGUCUGUGCUGGUUGUCAGGCAACUGCAUAGAGCCAGGAAAUAAUCCUUGACACAUCACCCCAGUGAAAUGGUAAAUUGCUGUUGUUACACUUUUGUACAGAUUAAACAAACAAGACAUAACGUGAUAAUUAGAGAGCUUUAGAGGUGCUGCUAGGCAGAUUUUACUAUUUGACAGAGCCAAGCUCGCUGUUUUCCCCCGUUUCUGGUCUUUAUGCUAAGAUAAGCUACCUGGCUGCUGCCUGUCACUUAAUAAUGAAUGGACAGAUUUCAUGGUAUGGUAUUGAUCAUCUCAUUUCACUCUUUGCAAUAAAGCGAAUAAGUUAUUUUCCCAAAAUGGGAAACUAUUCCUUUAACAUCUGGAGGAGUUUUGAUUCUGAUACCAGUGCAUAGAGCGUAAAAAAUGAAAGCUUGUGGCUUUUAGAAAUUAAUUGCAAAUUAUUUAUUCGUGUUUAUCUUAUUUAGUUUGCUUUUUUAACUUAUUUUAGUUUGGGAGGAGGGAAUGUUCACAAGAAAACUACUUACAGUUCCUUUACAUUGGGAUUUUUUUGGUCAUCUGAGGCCAUGUGCUGCAGUCCCACUGUGUGUCCCACAGCCUCCACUAGGUGUCGCUGUUGUGUUAAUCAAACCAAAGGGCUGGGCAGUCAAAUGUUUGCUAUGCAGAGUUUUCUUAGCUCCUUUGUGCAGAGGCACUGGUGCUGGGGUCCAUGAGAGGAUUAAAGGGAACAAACAGAUUUUUGACUUGAUAAAAUCUUACUCUGGCAGCCCAGAUGUAGAGAAACAUGAAAUUCAAAAUGUCCUGACAUCAGUAUCCGUGAAAAGAUCAUAUCUGUGAGGCGGAGGGUUACAAAUCUGUUUUUCUUUUCCAAAUGCUUCCCUGUCACAUGAUGUUAUUAUGCAUGCUUAGUUCGGCAGUGCCAGUAUGUGAACACUCACAGAAUAGUAAUGGAGGGACACUGAAGGAGGUUCUCAGCUGAACUGGACCAGUUUGUUAUUGUAUUAAAAAUGAAUUUAUUGUUGACUCUCCUUGCUGCUGCAGUGAACACACAUUAGCUACAAAUGAAGAAAUGACAGUAUUUUUGUAACCUUUUUUUUCCUGACGCCGCAUCUUAGCCA